AUGAGGUUGACCUCGAACAUUUUCCGGGCCGCAUGCGUGGCGGCCCUCACGAGCAGUGCGUUGGCGGCAGAUAUUCUUCAGACCGUGAGCUUCUCCAGCUGCAACAACAAGACGUCGACGGUCCAGGUCCAGAAAAUCGAUAUCCAGUACAACAAGGAAAAUCAAACCGUUACCUUUGACGUGCAAGGAUCGAGUUCCCGCAUUCAAAACGUGACGGCCGAGCUCAAGGUCACGGCAUUUGGUGCUGAGGUGUACAAGAACAGUUUCAACCCUUGCGAUAGGGGGACCUUUGUGGAACAACUGUGCCCAGUCCCCGCUGGUACCUUUGGCGCUCGUGGUGUUCAAGAGAUUCCCAAAGAAUUCGCCGACUUAGUGCCCGCCAUCGCCUUCCAGGUCCCCGAUAUCGCCGCCUUAGCGACCCUCGAACUCAAGUCUCUAGAAACUGGCCAAGAAGUCGGCUGCAUCCAGUCGCAAGUGUCCAACGGAAAGACCGCCAGUGUGCCAGCAGUAUCGUACCUCGCCGCAGGCGUAGCCGGCGCCGCUUUGGUAGUAGGCGGCGUAUCGGCGGUCAGCGCGGCCCUGAGCGGCGGUGCUAGCGCCCUUGGUGGAGGUGCCGCCGGAGGUUCGUCGGUCGGCGGAACGGGAACCAUCAGCCCCAGCUUCACCGAAGUCUUUGGCUGGUUCCAGGGAAUGGCCAUGAACGGCAUGUUGUCCGUCAACUACCCACCCAUCUACCGAAGCUUCGCCAAGAACUUUGCCUUUUCGACCGGCCUUAUUCCCUGGACGCAGAUGCAAGAGUCCAUCGAUGACUUCCGCGGCAAGACGGGCGGCAACUUGACCCAAAGCAGCGUGGCCAUUUUGCGGAAUACGACUCUUGUCUUCCCCGACGGCUCUACCGCCAACGCUAACGGCUCUCUGUUCAAGAUUAAGCGAGCCCUUGAGGGCUUCGCCGUGCUUGCCGCACGACAGAUUGAGACCUCCAUCGACACUACCACUCCGGUUGCCGAGACGGCCGGCGAAGAUGACAGCAUGUCACCCGUAAAACAGGCCGUUACCGGCAUCCAGGCCUACGUGCAGCAGCUCAGCAUUCCCGAGUCCAACACCUUCAUGACCGUCCUCCUCGUCGUCGCCAUCGUCAUCGCCGCCAUCGCCGUCGGCAUCCUCCUCGUCAAGGUCGUUCUUGAAUUCUGGGCUCUCUUCGGCAGCUUCCCCAAGGCUCUCACCGGGUUCCGCAAGCACUACUGGGGGUCCAUCGCCCGUGCCAUUACUUCCUUGAUUCUGCUUCUCUACGGAGUCUGGGUGCUCUACUGCGUCGUCCAGUUUACCAAGGGAGAUUCGUGGGCGGCCAAGACCCUUGCCGGUGUUACUCUCUUCCUUUUCACAGGUAUCUUGCUCUUCUUCUCGUGGAAGAUUUGGGCCACUGCCCGCAAGCUGAAGUCAGCCGAGGGAGAUACGAGUGGCCUCUAUGAGAACAAGGAUAUCUGGGUCAAGUACAGCUUGUUCUACGAAUCCUACAAGAAAGACUACUGGUGGAUCUUUGUCCCCACGAUCGUUUACAUGUUCGUCAAGGGAACCCUUCUCGCCGUUACCGACGGUAACGGUAAGAUCCAGACCAGUGCCCAGAUCAUCGUCGAGGCUGUCAUGCUUAUCCUCCUCCUCUGGAGCCGACCCUAUGAACGACGAUCCGGCAACAUCAUCAACAUUGUCAUCCAGGUCGUUCGCGUCCUCUCCGUCGUUUGCAUCUUGGUAUUUGUUGAAGAGCUUGGCAUUGCGCAGACGACGCAGACGAUUACUGGCGUUGUCCUCAUUGCUGUUCAGUCUGCGUUGACUGGUAUCUUGGCGAUCUUGAUUAUUUGGAACGCCAUCAACCAGUGCUGCAAGGAGAACCCCCACCGCAAGAGGAGAAAGGAGAUGGAGAAAAUGGUGCGGGACAUGGACAACCUCACCCCUCUCGACGCCCGCAACUCCCUUCUCCUCGACCGAUCGCAGCUCGACAACAAGGGCUCAACGACCUUUUCGAUGGCCUCAGCUGUCGAGAAGUCAGACUACGAGAAGUCGGGCUACACCCGGUCGCCCUCUCCCGAGCGAUAUCUCGGCUACGACUCAUCGUAUAACAAGCCGCAACAGCAGCAGCAACUCUCGCCCAACAAUGACUAUACCAGUCCGUAUAGGCCCAUCACACCGAACACACCGCUGUCUUACGGCGGCGACCAGACCCGCGAGGGUCUCAUUAGGAAUGCCGCGCCUAUUGGGCAGUUUGAUUCAAGGCAGCCUACGUUGCCUAACGUGGACGGUUAUGGCCAACAGCCGUACGGCAACGCUUAUGGGUCUGGUUAUAACAACCAGGGCUAUGGAAGGGCAUACUACUAG